AAUUGGAUGCCGGAUGGAACGAGAUCCAGUCGAGUCCAACCUCUGCUUCCCCAAUUUCGUCUGAGAUUCUCGCCAAACUGGGAAGAGUCCCAGGUUCGGCGUCUGAUGAACUCGAGGUACUCCUAAGCGGUAUCAUUUCUGAUUUUGGUGUCAUAAACUUCAACUAGUUUCCUAUAAGUUAGGUUGAAGAGCAGUCCUUCAAGUCCAUAUAAAGCUUGUUACUGGAUCCAAAUUCAUAGAUGCUCCUGCUUGUGGUGAUGGUAGUGAAGCAAUUGAAGAAGGGGACACUGAUCAUGAUGCUCAUCGUGUUGAUUUUAAGAUUGCUUCUAAUGGUGGUAGGCAACAGGAAGGGACAGAAGGCCUCCUGUGGAGCCAAGAAGUCUCACUGCUCCAACUAAUCUGGGAAGCAAAGCGAGAAACAAGACAAGCAAGGAAAGUGUCCUCAAAGAGAAAGUAUAGAAGAAUCUUACCUUGGGUCGCCAGUAAUCUGCAAGCAACAGAAUCAGGGAACCGUUUCAUGGAGAGACAUCAAACUCAUAGCACCUUUGAACACCGAACGCUCAAAUAGACAGCAAGGAAAGCAAGGCAAUGUCUUAUCAUUCUUAGAAAGAGUUGACUUGGGCAAAAUGAAGUUAAUUUAUUCUUCCUAGCUGUCAUUCUUCACUGGAUUACAUUCCUUCUUUUGAUUGGACAAUAUUCCUAAUUCAUGUUUAUCUACAAUUUCUGUUUUUUAAUGGGAAAUCCAAACUCCAAAGUAGGCAAUUUGCCUCCGGAUUUUCCCCUUCCUUUACUAGGAUGCAGUAUGAACAGCUUUUGUAAAUAACCUCCUUUAUGAAUC